AAGACGACCGAACUCGGCUCUCUCGCAGCUGGAUGGAGGCCGACGGCCGAGCCCGCACACAUGUGAAUUGUCGCCAUCGUCGAGCGUCUCAAUCGCAGUCCAGUGACUGACUCGCUGGUAUCGCGGCUGCACACAUGACAGACGUUAGGGGAAAAAGAUUCAUGAAUUAGUUUUUUUUAUUUUUUUAUUAUUAUUUUCUUUUCGUCUUCUUUUUUUUUUUUUUUUUUUUAAUCAGCACGUGCGCAGCCAUACACUAAAACGAUGGAGUCUAUUUUAGACACAUUGACGGCCGAUAAACUCUACCCACCCGGAGGCACCAACCUGUUGGACCUGGAGGAACUCAACGACGGAGAUUUCCUCACCAAUGUGCCUUUCUCAGGUGACCAGAUGGACGACUUCAGCAGUGAAUUAUUCAGCAGUUUCUUUGAAGACCACCUGUUAGAGCGCCCCCUGCUGUCAGACAGACAUUCUUUCCUCCACAUGGAUCUAGACAGCAGCCCAGACAUCCAAGUAGAACACAGCUACUCUUUGAGUGAAGACUCCGCCCCCCAGAGCCCUGCCCUGUCAGUCAAGAUGGACCAAGACUCUGAAUUUGAGUGGAGCUUCAAUCAGGAUCUGUCGACCAUCUUAGUGAAACAGGAAGAGCCAGAUGUGGCUCAAAGGUCAGAUCCACAGCCCAUGGAAGGCCCUUCGUUUAUCCUAAGCCCUGCCCCUGCACGUAGAGGGUCGCUAUGGAGACACACAGUGCGCCCUCCGGAUGAUGUUAAGCCUGUGGCUAUUAAAGAUGAACCCAGAGAGAUGGGACAGUACCUCUGCCUGCCCACUGGUACAAACAACAUCCACAAUUUGACCCUCAGUUUCUCAGCCCAUAAUCUUCAAAGCAGUUCCUCACCCCACUUUUCCCCAGAUGAUGGCCUGCAGCUUCCACCAACUCCACCCAGCAGCAACCACGGUGACAGUGACGGCUCCCUGCCACCCUCCUCCCCGCAGCUCGCUCUGCCCCCGUCUUCCCCGCAGCCACAACAGAGGCCAGCGGGCCGUGGCUCUGCUUCCUCCUCCUCAUCCGCGGCCAUCUCGUCUUCGCCUCUACUAACUGCACCACAUAAACUCCAGGGUUCUGGACCCCUGUUGCUGACAGAGGAAGAGAAGCGGACGCUCGUUGCUGAAGGAUACCCUGUACCCAACAAACUUCCUCUCACCAAGAGUGAAGAGAAGGCUCUGAAAAGAGUUAGGAGAAAGAUUAAAAAUAAGAUCUCAGCUCAGGAGAGUCGGAGGAAGAAGAAAGAGUAUGUGGAAUGUCUGGAGAAAAAGGUGGAGAACUACACAUCAGAAAACGGUGAACUGUGGAGAAAAGUAGAAAACCUGGAGACAGCUAACAGAACACUUCUCCAGCAGCUCCAGAAACUCCAGUCGCAUAUUUCAGGGAAAGUUUUCCCUCGCACUUGUAAAAUGGCCUCAACUCAAACAGGGACAUGCCUCAUGAUGAUGGCCUUGUGUUUUGUCCUGGUGUUGGGCUCCUUCUCUCCUUGCCUCUCCCCCCUCUCCUUUGUCACUCAUGCCUCCUCUUCCUCCUUACAUACUCCUUCCCCUCCCUCUUCCCAGUCAGAGGACCUUUACACCACCAAUCAGGUCCGCUCCCGCAGCCUACUCUUCUUCGACGAAGGGUCUCCACUGGAGGAAACCCCUGCAACAUUACUAGUGGAGAGGCUGCGGUCUCGAAACCAUAUCCAGACUAGCCGCCACACAGCUGAUGUCCACAGGAACCACACAAGCGGGCCCAAGUUGGACCACAGAGAAACUAAACCAAACAACGGUUCAGAAGACUUCUGACAGCUUGGACCGCCCUCCUGACUCCAGCUCCAAACUUAACGGCGGCCCCCAAGGCACAUAUUAUAUAUAUAUAUAUAUAUAUAUACACACACACACACACACACACACAUCAAUAUGAAGAUCUCACGUUGUUAAUGACAUCAUAGAUUUCACUUAUUCUAUUUAAGCACACAUUGACCUCCACAGUGGGUUUCUACUUCACCCUGUGCACUCCACUGGCAUAUUUAAAGUUUUGCCACUAACAUGUUUCAAAGGGAACAUGCCUGUGUCCUCCUACACAGGAAGCCAUUCAAGUGCCCUCCACUCGUAUCUGAUGCACUUGGCCACAUACAAAAGACUCCAAAGGAAGUGCCAACUGAAGAAUGUCUUUAUCACACAGUUUGACACCUCACCAGAUGAAUUAAUUUGUGGCUGUGAAAGCUUUGGAAGGUCGAACUCUAUAUUCAUUUUUCACCUAAAAAAUUUUCCUAUUCAAGAGUUCUGACAGGAGAGCGAGAAAUAUAACUUUGAAGUCUUUUUAUGGCGUUUAAAACUGUGUGUGUGUAUAGUUGCAGCAUCAAAAAUUAGCAUAUUUAAAUUAUGCAACAAAAAAUAUUAGGCGUAUGGCUUUAAAGUCUAGUUUAUACAGCAUUUCCUUGUUUUUCUAAAUAAUGUGAUAAAAAGUACAAAAAUAACAAUAAUGUUGCUUCAUAAUAUAUCCCGAACAUCAAAAAAGAGCAUAUUUAUUUUAUGCAACAAAAAAAGCAAAGACGUUGGGACUGUGUAAAGAUUUUAAGAUUUAGAUGGUGGCGUUUAGUUCAUGUGCUGUUCUUUGGGCAUCCAACUGGAAGUUUGUCUUUUUACUGGAAUUCUGUUUUGUUUUACUGCCAUCACACAAAAAUCACUACUUUUUCCCCUUCUAAUGAAAGCAACAGUGAAAUCAGGGCAAAAAUAUCAAACUUUGAUUUAUUCUAAUUUACCACAAACUGGAUUUAAAAUAUAAAAGUAAAAUAUGCUUGUGUGUACGUAUUUAUUGCUGUUUGUAGAAAGUGUGUAUAUUAUCGCAUUAAAUUUCCAGAUGUGAAACACCACUAGCAUCUUCCAAAAGAUCUUCAUGUAAAACAUUCGCGGUUUGUAGAAAGUGUGUAUAUUAUCGCAUUAAAUUUCCAGAUGUGAAACACCACUAGCAUCUUCAAAAAUAACUUCAUGUAAAACAUUCUUUUCUUCACCACUGUUCUGUUCUUGUGAGAAAUUUGGUACAGUACAUAGAUUCUAAUGCCCUAGAGUGACCACAGAGGUGAUCUGUCUAGCUCCAUCUCACCAUUGCUGUGGUUUGAUCUACCCCGCAAAAUGGCAUUUUGUCAUGGUUGUCUCAGCAAUGUCAAUGCAUUGGUGUACAUAAAUGAUGUGCAGUUGUAAAUAGAGGCCUAGUUUGUGGACUGCAACAACAUACUUGCCUGUGGAAACACGUUGCAAAGGCCUUUAAUAGGGGAAGAAGAGGGAUGGAUGGAGGGUUUGGUCACUUUUUCCUAAACUUGGACAACAAUGAAACUAAAUUGUUUGGGAAAGCUGCGUGAGGAAAAAAAUCAAGUAAUGUCCACAGGGGAUUGUUGUUGUUGUUGUACAGUGUCUUGCAUGUUCCUACAUAUAUGCCUAUGUUAUAGUAGUGUAGAAACCAGCAAAAUAUUAAAAAUCUGC